UAUAGGAUUAUUGUAUGCGAUAUGUUUCAAGAAUAGGGCCUCAGAUCUCUUCAGUAUUUUGUUGGUGCGUGAUGUGAGCAUCAUGGCGGCGAGAGUGUUGGGCUCGGUUCUGCGUAAAAACGCAGGAUUUUUCGGUGCUAGCAGAUUGUUGGCGCCGAGUAAUGCACCGGCAAUUCUCGACGUCCAGCAUCGUAAUGGUCACCAAUGGUUUCCGGACUUGGAGUUCGCCGAGCAACAGAAACGGCCGGUGAUGUUGCCAACUGAAAAGAUCGAUUGGGUACCACCGGACAGGGAGUCAUUUCUAACGCCAGCUCCCAAGGUGGAGCAGACUAUACAGAAUAUAAGGCUUAACUUUGGACCGCAGCAUCCAGCCGCUCAUGGCGUGCUCCGGCUGAUCUUGGAGCUAGACGGCGAAAUCGUGCUCAGUGCCGAUCCGCAUAUCGGUCUCCUACAUCGUGGCACAGAAAAACUAAUCGAGUAUAAGACCUAUAUGCAGGCGCUGCCUUAUUUUGAUCGUCUAGAUUAUGUGUCCAUGAUGUGCAACGAACAGUGCUUCUCUCUGGCAAUUGAGAAGUUAUUGAAUAUAGAUGUGCCUCUGCGUGCAAAGUACAUUCGAGUUCUCUUCGCGGAAAUUACGAGAAUUCUAAAUCACAUUAUGGGCAUUGGAACACAUGCAUUGGACAUUGGUGCCUUGACACCUUUUUUCUGGCUGUUCGAAGAACGCGAGAAACUAAUGGAGUUUUAUGAACGCGUGAGUGGCGCUCGUAUGCAUGCAGCCUAUAUACGACCUGGUGGUGUCUCUUUGGACCUACCGUUAGGUCUAAUGGACGACAUAUAUGAUUGGGCCUCCAAAUAUGCCGAACGCGUAGACGAGGUAGAGGAUCUGUUGUCGGAAAAUAGAAUCUGGCGGCAGCGUACAACUAAUAUUGGCGUUAUAUCCGCGGAAAAUGCGUUGAAUUGGGGCUUCAGUGGUGUAAUGUUACGAGGCUCUGGAAUAAAAUGGGAUCUGAGAAAAGUCGCGCCUUAUGACGCUUAUCACCUAAUUGACUUUGAUGUUCCAAUUGGCACAAAUGGCGAUUGCUACGACAGAUAUCUAUGUCGUAUCGAGGAGAUGCGGCAGUCACUGCGUAUCAUCCAUCAAUGUUUGAAUCAAAUGCCCGAGGGAGAAGUGCGAUGUGACGAUGCUAAGAUAGUGCCGCCGCGGCGAGAGGAGAUGAAGAGCAGCAUGGAGGCGCUUAUCCAUCAUUUCAAAUUGUUCACUCAAGGUUUCCAAGUACCGCCAGGAGCGACAUAUACCGCUAUCGAAGCGCCGAAGGGCGAAUUCGGCGUUUACCUCGUCAGUGACGGCAGUAGUAAGCCAUACCGAUGCAAAAUCAAAGCUCCGGGCUUUGCUCAUCUUGCGAGUCUGCAGCAUAUCGGACCCAAACACUUCCUCGCUGAUGUGGUCGCCAUUAUCGGUACGCUGGAUGUGGUAUUCGGCGAGAUCGAUAGAUAGAUUUCCUAAUGAUCGAAUAAUUUAUAUAGCGUAGAGAUAUAAAUUAAAAGUAACAGUAAUCUAAAGUAAAGCAUAUAUGUAUUUAUAUGUAUUACACAUAGGGAUAUUCGAAAUCAACGCUUUCGCAUGUUACACGGCCGCGUGUAAUGUCGCGCACGUUUAUGACUAUGCGAUGAGCGUGUAAAUGAACAUUGUACAUAUCUCGUCGUGCGCGUAAUAAAAGGAAAUGUGGCAAAAAUAA